AUGCUCGCCAGCGCUGCCUCCGCGCUGCCUCAAGCUAGCCAAGUCCCGGCUCCCAGCCGCACAUUGUCUCGCCGCUCCGACAGUUCGAGCAGAGGAGGCCACUUGUUGAACCCCCUGGACGUCUCCCUGAAGACCAUGAAAAUGGCUCCUGUCGUGCCGAUGACGAAUGCCCAGCGGCUGAAGCGGGGACUCUCGCCCAACCGGCCCAACUUCUAUCGUUCUGCUCGAAGCCUCGCCGCGCGCGCGUCUGCUGCUCCAAACCCCAACCCCGGAUGCACCACCAGAACGGGUACGCUCCUCGUCACUGGCACUGGCGUCCCACUGGGAACCGUUGUGUCGCGGGUGCCCAACGAGUUCGGGGAGUACGGCAUCACCACGGACGCCGGAGAUGCACUGCAGGUGCAGUACGCUGACUGCGGGAACGACUUGCCUGUAGAUCUGGUCACCCUGAACGGUAUCGCCGACUUCACUUUCUUCGGCGGUAUCACUGGCUUUGCGAACACGGCCCCGAACCUCGAUCCCGGCUCGACCAACUACGCCUACUUCGGGGGGUCACUCCCAGUGACCGCGCCCCGCUCGCCUCCCGAAUCCGCCGCCAACUCCUUCACCUUUGCGACGGGCCGCCAGGAGGACGUCGAGAGCGCCAUCUGGCGCGUGAACAGUGCAGACGGCGCGGUGACCGCACAGUGGGUCAACACCGACCGCGGUACGCCCGCGACGAGCGUCGUGUACUACGAACCGGAGGACUUCUUGUUGCUCUCCGGCGAUGCGGCCGCUUUCGAGGCGGAAUACGGGUCGAGCAGCGUUGUGGCAUUUACCUUUGUACAAGCUUGA